AUGGAAAAGAGAAAGGCCACCAUGUCCUCUUGGAGCCCAGAGCAAAACCAGAGCUCAGGGGGCCUGGGCCCCCAUCUUUCUCGACCCCUCUUCCUGCUGCUACUAAUUGUGGCUCCCUCAGCCCAAGGGGUCAUCCCAAACCCUGAAGCCUGCCAGGUGUUCCAGUCAGAGAAUGGCAGCUCGGUCAACUGCUACCCACCUGCCAAACUCCCCCGAUACUUCCCAGCUGACACCACCUACCUGUCUGUGGAGUUCUUCAACCUCACCCAGCUGCCACCUGACGCCCUCCAGGGCAUCUCUAACCUCCAGGAACUGCACCUUUCCAGCAACGGGCUGGAGAAGCUCUCAGCCAAGUUUCUGUUGCCUGUGCCUCAGCUGAAGGUGCUCGACCUCACCCAAAACGCCCUGACCCGGCUGCCCCCCGGCCUCUUCCAGGGCGCAGCCACCCUCCACACCCUGGUGCUGAAGGAAAACCAGCUGGAAGUCCUGGAAGCCUUGUCGCUGCGUGGCCUGAAAGCCCUGGGGCAUCUGGACCUAUCGGGGAACCACCUCCGGACACUGCCUCCCAGGCUCCUGGCCAACCUCACGGACCUGCGCAUCCUUGACCUUGGCAAUAACCAGCUGGAGACUCUGCCCCCUGACCUUCUGAGGGGCCCCUUGAAGUUGGAAUGGCUGCAUCUGGAGGGCAACAGAUUGCGAGCACUCGAAGAGGACCUGCUGGAGCCCCAGCCAAACCUGAACUACCUUUUCCUGAAUGGCAACCAGCUGGCCACAGUGGCGGCCAGCGCCUUCCGAGGUCUGAAGCAGCUGCACAUGCUGGACCUCUCCAACAACUCACUGACCAGCGUGCCCAAGGGGCUCUGGACAUCCCUGGGGAAGCCUGGGGCAGCCCAGGACAUGAAGAAUGGCUUUGACAUCUCCGGUAACCCCUGGAUCUGCGACCAGAACUUGGAAGACCUCUAUCAGUGGCUUGUGAACAAUAAAGACAAGAUGUUCUUCAGGAAUAACACAUGCUGCGUUGAGCCUAAAGCCAUGAAGGGCCGGACUCUCCUGGCCGCAGCCAUGUCCCAUUUGAAGCCUAAGGCUGGGGUGGAGAUGGGUAGGGAAGGCCUGGCCGAAUACUGUACCCCACUAGGCAAUUAAUUCCCCCUUUUAAGGGUGAGGCAGGCUUUCCAUAGUUGCCAGACCCAUUUUGCCCAUACUUCCCAAAACACCCCUUAGGCUCACCGGCUUCCUUGCCUUUGUUCAAGCUGUACCCUCUUCCAGGAGUGCCUUCCCCAUUUCCCAGAUCUUUUGGUGUCCCAGCUCCCUCAGCUCACUUGCCCUCCCUCUGGCACGACUCUGGCCACACUGGGGCUGUCUCUAUCUGGCUCUGGCUCCCCCAGUUUGGGGUGCUUGCUGGGUACAGGGCCUGGGGCUGAGCUGACUCUUACUCAGCUUUCAGGCGUCAGACCUAAGGGGUUUAAUAAAUAAUUGUAAAACAGAAU